AUGCUACUGGCUGUGGAAGGAGGAGGUUUCUUCUCAUCGUCAGCUUCAGGAUACAGUCAUGGCCUUGCUCUUUUGCUGCUUGGACGGAAAGAAGAAGAGAAGCCUGUCAAGGCAUGGAGUCAGUACCGACUAGUCGAUGGGGAAGCUGAGCAUGUGUAUCAUCUGGCUAACACGAAAAACCAAGCUCCCCGUAAGUGUGCUCCCUUCAUCUGCUUCGGUAGCACUGCUUUGGAGCUCGAAGGGGCGUCUCCUCCGAAAUUGAGUUCAAGCAACACUUUGGACUCUUUGGAAGAGCCAUCCCGUUCAACAAACAAGAAGGUUACCACUAAUGGUUCCAUAACUGGAGAUGAGAGAAAAGGUUGUCUUAAGAGCAACUCAAAAAGGGAUUCGUCAGAGCAUUGUAUAGUGGUGAGUGAAGGUGAAGAACCACGUGAGUCACUGGAAGAGGUGCAAACCUUGAAAUCUGGUAUGGAACGGAGAAAAGUUCAAUGGACUGAUACAUGUGGAAAGGAGCUUUUUGAGAUAAGGGAAUUCGAAGCCAGCGAUGGAAGUUUGUCAGAUGAUGAACUAGAAAAUGAGGGUUUCAGGAAAUGUGAGUGUGUGAUUCAGUAG